AUGUUCCUCUAUUAUAUUUUAUGGCUAGAUUUCCUUCACAAACAACGGUCCCUGGUUGCCGAAUUCCGUCAUAAUAUUGUUUUUUUUUUUUUUUUGUACGCUCAAAAAAAUGUGUCUUUACGUAUUGCACGCCAUUUUCGUUUUCAAAGGAAUGCAAAGAGAUCUUUUCACAAGGGUAUAUAUGGAUGUCAUUACACUGUUUAUUACGUGAAAGCGAGUGAAGCGAAGGUGAGGAAGGACCAAAAAAAUAAGAAAACAGUGGGUCCAGAAACUACUGCAAAUAUGAAUCUUUCCUCAAGUAGAACUCAGGUGUUUUGUAUACCGGUCGGUUUAACUCAGGUACAGAAAGAUCUAUUGGAAAUAUUGAUAUCUAUACAUGCCGAAUCGUUUGUUUCAUGCAUUGACAAAUCGCUAGUUCCUAAGCUACCUGUUAAACAUGAAGCUGACCACGACGAUGUCAAAAGAGAUUUAAGCAUGGUUGCCCUGACUGAUGUUCAAUUAACAGAAUGGUUUUUCGAAAACAUUCGGGCAGUGUCUAACCAUCCAUGUCUCUUAGUUGAGCAUUAUAUGCCAAGACAAUUUUUAUUGAUGGAACCUAGCGAACGAUUAAUAUCCACAAGUGAUAAAUUUGGCAAACUCAACCUUAUGGUAGACCUUUUGCUAAAUCGGAAAGAUAAAUCUAGACUAUUACAGAUUGCUAUUGUAUCUCAUUCUGUUAAAGAGUUGGAUUUGAUUGAGGGUGUGAUGCUAGGCAAAGUCGCGAAAUUGAAGAGACUAUCAGGAACAUCACUAUUUGAUGAAAAGCAUGAAUACGAUGAUCAAAGCUUUGGUGUAAACUCAUCUAAUGCUGAAAAUGGAUCGGCUAUGGGUAGUGUGGGACCAGAAUCAAAUUUCAAGACAAAGGAUGAGUAUAACUACUCGAAGUCGAAAAGAAAAAAUGACAAAGGUGCACAACUUGACUGGCUCUUCUUGGCUACGACAACGCAUUUAACUCAUUCAGAGGAUUUAUUUUCGAGGUUCAAUUUGGACGUCAUUAUCAGUUUCGAUCCAAUGCUUGAUGAUUCGCUACCUUCUAUUUACAAAGUGAGGAAAAAUGGUAAAAAAAUUCCUUUGGUCAAACUAUUGGUGCAAGACUCGCCAGAUCACUACCUACUCUCUCAAAGGAAGUCACUUCUUAAAGAUGAAGCGGUCCAACUAGACUCCAUUGUACACUUUUUGAAAUAUCGCGCUGAUGACAAGAAUCUCGUUUCGCUACGUCAAUAUGAAGAUAUCACAUCAGCCUUGAUCAAAGGUGAAAAUCCUGCAGCACUUAUACCAGAAAUGACAACGGGCUCAGAUAAGGAUUCGGAUGAUCUUACACCAUUUUUGACGACGCCUCUAGGAUUAAUGGAUCUUACAUAUGGUAAGUACGAGUUACCAUUACAAUCAGGUCCUAUGGAUAUCAAAAGUUAUCAACAUAUAUUGAAAACCCUAACAGCGGAGAGAUUGAAGCAGUGUAGUAUCGAAUAUGAAGAGCGUGAAAAGCUAGUAUUAGAGACCAGAAUCAGAGAAACGAAAAGGUUGAAUGACUACGACGAGUUGAAAGUUCAAGCUGGUCAAUAUUUCAAGAAAUUAAAAGAAAACGAGGGCAAACUUAAUGAUUCUGAAAAACGUGUCGAACGUACUAAGUCAGAUCUUGAUAUCUUGGAUGAGCGGCUCACUAAACUUCUGGACCGUAAGUCUGAAUUAUUGAAACUCUUGGAACUCAGCGAUGUUUCAUCCGAAAUCGAUAGUCGGAAACAAAUUAGUGAAAAACUGUCCACAGAUGUUGAUGAGCUAAGGAAACGUAAUGAUGAGGAAGGUACACGCAAUGAAGAACUAAGGUCUGAGUAUCAAGAAAAGUCUUCUGAAGCUGCCGCAAAAGCCCUAUAUACCUCCAAACUCAAAUCGGAAAAGGAAGAAUUGGAACGUAAACUCAAUGGCCCAUACACUAAAUGGCAACUACAGACCUUACAGGACAAGGAAAGGAAACUCAAAACCACAUUACGAAAAUUGGUUCAACAGUCGCAGUUCUUGAUUCAGUAUAUGAACCGCGUUCAAGAUCAAUACAAUAUCGAAAAUGAACCUACGAAAAAACCAUCCCCAUCGACAAAUCAUUCAUCCAGAUACACUACUAGGACCACAAGAGCCACAUCCCCAACAUACACAUAG